AUGGCUCCAACGUUACAACAGUGCCCCGUCUGCUUUAACCACUAUAGAAGCACUCCAGACGGGAAGUUAUGUCGGCACGGAGGUAAAGUGAAAGGACAGGAAUGCUCGGGGUCCCGGAAAAAAGUUGAUCCAUCGGGCGCGAGGGUUGCUUCGCCUCUCGGUGCCGCACCCGACCCCAAGCCUGGGUUGCCCACACGGUCGACGGCCGCAUCGGUGUCCGGUGAUCCUCUCGACCUGGAUUACUCUGGUGUUUUUGACAAGCUGGCAGCCAUGCUAAAAUGUGUACCGGUGUACGACCAUAUCCCUAAGCCAUGCAGAGAGAAGUUCGCACAUGAUCUGAACGCCUGGCUGACGGCUGUUUGUAAUGACCCUGGUGACCCGGCUCACUGGGUUAGACUCCACUGUUUUGUCUCAUACGUCUUACAGAAGACUUUCAGAGGGGGUCGCCGUGUCAACCAGGGCAAUCUGGUCAACAAGCGUCUAAGCGAAUAUUCAACUAUUGGUCUUGAAACCCUGGGAAACCUGUCCUCGGCUGUCAGACUUGUCUGUUCGCCGGAGGGCCUGGCGGAGAGCUCGCCGGCCACCUUCGAUAAAUUAUGUUCCAUCCACCCAAAAAUUCCGAUGGACAGGCGGGUCUUUCCCGCAUUGACACCAACGGCUGGUUGCGUUUCUUCCGCCGAGGUGCUGAGGGCCGUUAAAUCGUUCAAAAACGGUUCUUCUGGAAGCCUGUAUGGCCUACGACCCCAGCACCUUAAGGAUGUUUUUUCAGGCCCCUUGCCAAUCGACGACACACUGAACUCCUUAACCCAAUUCAUUAAUUUGAUCCUUUCUGGAGCUUGCCCACUCUCCGUCCGCCGUUUGCCCAAAUUGAUGUACUUCCUGCGUACAUCCAAACACAUUGACCCUUCUAAAUUAGGCGAAUUUGACAGAGCCCUGCGCACCGCCCUGUCGUCGAUUUGCAAUGUUCAAGUGACCGACAAUGUCGAUGAAAUUUUGGAAGGCCACAUCUACAUCAUCGCAGCUCAGCACACUUGUCCAAUCGGCAUUACAUAA